AUGCAUUUCUCUGAAGAUGACAGGAACAUGAAAUUUAUGAUCAAAGACGUGGAUGGGAAGACCUUUACUGUAAUGCAUGAUGUGAGUCUUAAUAAAUUGCAAUGCUCUUGCAAACACUUCGAGAUGUUUGGGUGGCUGUGUAGGCAUGUAUUCGUCGCUCUGAAGGACAUGAACAUAGAAGAUAUCCCACCUACACAUAUCAUGUCAAGGUGGACAAAACUUGCUUUUAGCAAUCCCAUGUUCCAUAUACUUGAUGACAUUGCUGAACAAUGCGCCCAAAUCGAUGAGAAAAAAACGAUGGUCAACCAGUUGUGGUCUGACAUAUAUAUAUGCAUGGGGCUGGUCGAGAACAACAUGGACAGUCUUGUAGAAUUCUCCAGGAUAAUUGGUACGCACAAGCGCAAACUCAUGGAAAAUCGAGAAAAUGAAUCGUCCAGCAAAGACAAAGGACAUGUUUUUGAAUCAUUCAUUGGCAUGUCUGCCCCAUCGGAAGUAAGCAUCCACCCACCAACUCAGUCGAAAAACAAAGGUAGUGGAAAAAGGAUGAAAUCCAACAAAGAGAAGUCGAUCGAGUCAGCUCAGAAAAAGCAGAGGCUUUGCAAAACAUGCGGCGAGAGGGUGGGGCACGAUUCACGGACAUGCCCUAAAAAGCCGUAA